AGGCAUAGCCCAUUUCAUUUUUUCUAAGGAAAACCAAACCCGGCCUAGUACUUAUAUCGGUUCACAGUGUGCUCAGCUUCUUCCCAGCUCCAGCCGCCAAAUCUCAUUAGGGUUUCGCCACUGCUGUGAGCUCUUCUUCCACUGAUUCCUAACGAUGAGUAAGCUUCAGAAUGAUGCUGUCAGAGAAGCUAUCUCCGGAAUCAUGACUGAUUCCAAGGAGAAGAAUCGCAAAUUUGUGGAGACCAUUGAACUCCAGAUUGGUCUCAAGAACUAUGAUCCCCAGAAAGAUAAGCGUUUCAGUGGCUCUGUCAAGUUGCCCCAUAUCCCUCGACCCAAGAUGAAGAUUUGCAUGCUUGGUGAUGCUCAACACGUUGAAGAGGCGGAGAAAAUUGGAUUGGACUGGAUGGAUGUCGAAGCAUUGAAGAAGCUGAACAAAAAUAAGAAGUUGGUGAAGAAGCUAGCUAAGAAAUACCAUGCAUUUUUAGCUUCUGAGGCUGUCAUUAAGCAGAUUCCUCGUCUUUUGGGUCCUGGUCUCAACAAGGCAGGCAAGUUCCCUACACUUGUCACUCACCAAGAAUCCCUUGAAGCAAAGGUUAAUGAGACUAAGGCUAUGGUCAAAUUUCAGCUCAAAAAGGUGCUCUGCAUGGGAGUCGCCGUGGGUAAUGUUAGCAUGGAAGAAAAACAGAUCUUUCAAAACGUGCAACUGAGUGUUAACUUCCUUGUCUCUUUGUUGAAAAAGAACUGGCAAAAUGUUAGGUGCUUGUAUCUGAAGAGUACCAUGGGGAAAUCGUACCGCGUCUUUUAAGGGAUUUAUUUUUAAAUGUUCUGUGAACUUGUGAUCGAGCUCAGUAUAUUGAUUAUCCUAAUAGCAAGUUAGAAAAUUUCAUGCUACAGUUUUUGGAUUAAAGUUUUGGUUUCAUAUUCGAAUAAUGGGUAAUGUUAAGCUUGCUACAUUCA